UCGCGAGAGCCAUAGUUACUACAUUUCCCAGAAACCUCUAGGCAGCAGUGGCCUUUGGGGGUACAUGAGAACUGGCUACGUGUUCCGAUGGGAAUUGUAGUUCCGCGCUGCAGCGCGUCCCCAGUGAACUUCCGGUCUGUGCGUCCGAUUUAGGCGCCCCGUGGAGGCCUUCGGGAAUCGCAGUCCGGAGCACACAGGUCGCCGGGAGCUGUAGUCCGUCCCGUCUGCCCAGUCAGCGUGGUACCACCCGACGGCUGCCCAGGGAAUGCAGAAACGGACGGUUCCAGGGAGCAGAGAGGCUGACGGGGUGACGGGAGAGAGCACUGGUUAUUGACGAGGGGAAGUCUUCCGUUGCCAGGCGACCAGAAGAGACCCUGUUACCCAGAGACGGGAAAGGAGGAGUCCUCCAUUACUAGCAGGAGCCGAGGAGGGUAUGUCUCAGGCCCCGGAAGCGCGGCCGAGCCCACCCUCAGUGUACCACGAACGGCAGCGACUAGAGCUGUGCGCCGUCCACGCUCUCAACAACGUCCUCCAACAGCGGCUCUUUAGCCAGGAGGCUGCAGACGAGAUCUGCAAGAGGCUAGCCCCAGACUCCCGGCUGAACCCCCAUCGCAGCCUCCUGGGCACUGGCAACUAUGAUGUCAACGUGAUCAUGGCUGCCCUGCAGGGCCUGGGCCUGGCCGCUGUGUGGUGGGACAGGAGGAGACCACUGUGCCAGCUGGCCCUCCCCAAGGUGCUAGGCCUGAUCCUGAACCUACCCUCUCCUGUGUCGCUGGGGCUGCUGUCCCUGCCCCUGCGCCGCCGGCACUGGGUGGCCCUGCGCCAGGUGAAUGGCAUCUACUAUAACCUGGACUCCAAGCUUCGGGCACCUGAAGCCCUGGGGGAUGAGGACGGUGUCAGGGCCUUCCUGGCAGCUGCUCUGGCCCAGGGACUGUGCGAGGUGCUAUUGGUGGUGACCAAGGAGGUGGAGGAGGCCGGCUGCUGGCUGCACACAAGCUGACCCAGUGCCUGUGAACCACUGCCUGCUACCACAGUCCUGAGUGUCCAGUGCCUAGGAGGGGCCUGCGCCCUGCCCUGAAGUUCCCCCCCCCCAUCACUGCUGCCUCAAUAAAACUGCUCUUUUGCUAUCUA